AUGAGUGUGGUCGCAGAGUAUGUAGAUAUUGCAGGCGCAGUCCCCGAGACCCUCGUCUCCGCGCUCACGCAGAACGCUACAUGGGAUCCCGAUGGGCCCCCUAUCAAGCGGCGCAAGGUCGCCAAGUCUGGCCCAUAUAGCCUUGGUCAUGAAGUUGGCGUCUCGUCAACCGGAGUACCUCAGGGCUACAUUCCACUGGCUCGGCUCUCGCUACGUCUGAACUUCAGCAAUGCGUCGGACUCCAACAACGCAGCCGCGCCCACCUCAUCCGAUCCCGGGCGUCGAGUACCUAUACUCGUCGAGGUUAGAGAUACUCGCUCGCGUCUCUAUACGCCCGUUCUUCCGAAGCACCCCGAGGUCGAUUAUGAUGCUUACACACUUGAUUUGACCACGACCGAUGCAGAAAAGAAAGAUUUGUUCUUUUGCGUGAUUGCUGAUUUGCGGCUGGUCGACUUUUUCGAACAACUAAGGCACGUUACUGGGAUGCUCGCCGCCGAUCGAUACUUCCAUCGCCUCCCAAUGGCAUGCUAUCAGGCCACAAUACAACUGUCUGCAGACAGGAAAUCCUUGUUACUGGAGGUAGUCGCUCUCUGGAUAGAUUCUCUUGAGAUCCCGGACUUUACCCGUCUUCCCGAUCACGCGUUGGAGGUCUUCGGGAAGUACGCCUUACAGGAAGAUCAUGUAGGCACAGUUGGCUAUGGCCGGCAACGUGACCGUCGUGAAAAACUGCUUGGAUAUCCUCGAGGAUGGCUACCACGUGAAUUCUACGAAAGUGUUCACGUCCCGAACCACACUGCAAGCGCAUCUGCGAACAUAGAAUGCCCCGGACUUGUCUGCGAGCUCUUCCCCUUUCAAAAACGAGCCGUUCGGUGGCUUUUAUGGAGAGAGGGUACCCAAGUGCAGCAAGAUGGAACAAUUGCUCCCAUCGACAGGCCUUUGCCCAAUGGCCUCCCGGCAUCGUUCAAGGAAAUGAAGGAUGCGGAUGGAAAUGUGUGCUACUUCAGCCAUCUGUUCAUGACAAUGACUACCCAGAUCUCCGAAUGGGGAGACGCCGCAAAUCUUUUGCGAGGUGGUAUUCUCGCGGAAGAGAUGGGAUUAGGCAAGACAGUUGAAAUGAUUGCUUUGAUCAGCUUAAAUCGACGACAUGCCCAAGAACAGCCGAAACCCGACCCUGAUGGGCUGAGAGUAUCUGGUGCUACUUUGAUCAUCACUCCACCGGCAAUUCUGGAACAGUGGAAACAGGAAAUCGAGCAGCAUGCCCCAGACCUACGUGUACACCAUUACACGGGCGUUAAACGGGGGAAAGAAGAAUCGGAUGAUUUGGUUGUCGAAGAGUUAUCAGAUUUCGAUGUCGUUCUUACCACGUACAAUGUCAUCUCGAGAGAGAUCCACUAUACCGGUGCGAUGCCAAAGCGAAGCCUCCGCCACGAAAAGCGGUUCGAGACUCGAAAAACACCCUUAGUCCGCAUCUCAUGGUGGCGUGUCUGCCUUGAUGAAGCUCAAAUGAUCGAGAGUGGAGUUAGCAAUGCAGCCAAAGUCGCCCGGUUGAUCCCUCGUCAAAACGCCUGGGCCGUGACGGGCACACCACUCCGCAAGAAUAUCGAUGACCUGUUCGGUCUUCUGCUGUUCCUCCAAUACAGGCCGUUUUGCGACUCAAGCCCUUUGUGGAAACGUCUCUAUUCCAGAUUUGGGCCGGUGUUGGUGGGUAUCAUCCACUCCAUUGCUAUUCGGCACAGCAAAGACCGAGUUCGUGAUGAGCUGCGCCUGCCGCCUCAAAAGCGUAUCGUAAUAACUACUCCUUUUACCCCUGUUGAGGAGCAGCACUACGGGCAGCUCUUUGAGGAAAUGUGUGAGCAGUGUGGACUUGAUGCAUUCGGUGCACCUCUUGAUGGUGACUGGAAUCCCGAAGACCCAGGCACAGUCGAGAGGAUGCGCACUUGGUUAACACGGCUUCGUCAGACUUGUCUCCAUCCUGAAGUGAGUGGUAGCAAUCGUCGAGCACUCGGCGCUGGAAAUGGCCCGCUGCGGACCGUCGAUGAGGUCCUCGAAGUCAUGAUUGAGACCACGGACACGUCUAUUCGCGCCGAAGAGCGGUCACUUCUCCUUUCUCAGCUUCGUCGAGGCCAGCUGCUAGAGAAUGCCAAACGUAGGAAAGAAUCUCUAGCUCUAUGGCAGGCUGCUCUAGACCAUUCUACCGAGCUAGUCGACGACAGCAGAGAACAGCUUCGGUUGCAGCGCCUCAAAAACAAAGGAUUGGAUGAGAAUGGCAUGGUGGCCGCCACUGAAACCCCUGAUCUGACCGACGACGACGAAAAUGAAGAAGCAGACAAGAAUAGCCGUAUUGGCCAGUGCCGUCUGAAGCUCCGUGCUGCCCUGGAAGUUCAGCAUAUUGCCGUGUUUUUCACUGCAAAUGCAUACUACCAGAUCAAAAGCGACCCCAACUUGACCCAGCCUGACUCAGAGGACUUCAAAGCCCUUGAGAAAAAAGAAGAGGAAGGAUAUGAGGCCGCGAAAUUGAUUCGUAAGGAGAUGUUGACGGACAUCUCUCGCAAGGUCGAGCGAUACAUGCGAACUAUCAAGGAUAAGACGCAAAAGAAGGAAUUUGUGCACAUUCCGAAGAUGAAGCCCUACCUGUACAGUAGGGGCCUCGAGUCUUACAGGCUGCUCAACAAGUUCGAGGACCUGUGUGCUGCUCUGAACAAGCAUGCCGAGAAGUACAAUGAGUGGCGAGAGACUAUGAUCGGAUUGGUCUCACAAUCCCUCAUCGACCAGGAAGAGGAUGCUGAACUGGAAGGAAACGAAUAUGAGCGGUCAACUAAGCACCAGGACGAAAUGUACGUCUACAUGGAGGCUCUCCGUGCCAUGUAUGCCGACCGUCACGACGCUCUUACCGGCCAGAAGAACAUUCUCAUUUCACACGAGGUCAAGGCUGGUAUCAUCCAGGCUCAAAAGGGCGAAGGUCCAUCUCCACAGCUUUUCCUCUCGAUUAUGAACACUCGCAGUGAUCUCAUGCCUGACCCGCAAUUGGGGUCGCUCCGCGGCAUUGUCAGUGAACUGCGCAGUCUAGUUGGCUCGCUUGAGUGGCAAGCUUCUGGAGGAAGCUCUCGUGCUCGUGCGGAACUCGAAAUGGUCGGCUUGGUUUUGAAGAAUGCUGGCCAGAUGAUUGCCGAGCAGCUCAAGAUAUCUUCCAACCUAGAGAGGGAGGUGGAGAUGUUCCGAGACACGAUGAACAAUCGUUUGGAAUACUAUCGCCACUUGCAGCAAAUUUCGGAUACAGUUGCACCCUAUGACGAGGAAAAUGCUGGGAAGCCGAUGGAUGAAGAUCUCUUUGCUGCCAAAUUGAGACAAGAAGCGAAGCUGGAGAGCAAAAUUGCGUCCUUGAAGUCCAAAAGGCGAUACCUCAUCCACCUCCGAGAUGAGGCGGGCGAGGAGGAUGGUUCCAGGAUUUGCAUCAUCUGCCAGUCAGGCUUUGAUACUGGCGUCUUGACUGUGUGCGGUCACAAAUAUUGCUCUGAUUGUUUGCGGAUGUGGUGGCGUCAACAUCGGACGUGCCCGAUAUGCAAGAAACCCCUGAAACUCAAUGACUUCCAUCAAAUCACAUACAAGCCACAGGAAUUAGUUGUCCAGGAGGAAGAGACGCCUAUCAAGUCUGAUCAUGAACGGCAUUCGAAGAACGCCAUCUAUAGCGACAUUAGCUCGGGACUUUUGAAGGAGAUCACAAACAUUGAUCUCGAGGGCUCAUUUGGUACAAAGGUUGAUACUCUCGCACGCCAUAUCAUCUGGCUGCGCGAGCAUGACCCGGGAUCCAAGGCAAUCGUCUUUUCGCAGUAUAAGAAUUUUUUGGUUGUUUUGAAAAGGGCAUUCGACCGCUUUGGCAUCGUCAGUAGUAGUGUCGAUGCCCCGGGCGGCAUUGAGAAGUUCAAGAAAGACCCGGCAAUUGAAUGCUUCUUAUUGCACGGCAAAGCACAGUCAUCAGGGCUGACCCUGAUCAACGCGACCCAUGUUUUCCUGUGUGAGCCGCUGAUCAAUACCGCAAUCGAACUCCAGGCCAUUGCCCGAGUGCACCGAAUCGGUCAGCAUCGUCCCACUACGGUGUGGAUGUACCUUGUCUCCGGAACUGUCGAAGAAUCCAUUUACGACCUAUCAGUCACUCGCCGAUUAGCCCAUAUUCUCGAAAAGGAGAAACAGGAGAAAAACGCCCGAUCAACAAACCCGAGUGAUGCGGACGGAUUACUUAUCAACGACCUGACUGAGACAGCCAUUGACUCUGCUAACUCCAUGGAAAUGGAGGAUGCAACUCUGACCAACUUGAUGACAAGCAGUGCAGCGGGUGGAGAGCUGGUGAAGAAAGACGAUCUAUGGCAAUGCCUCUUUGGAAACACCACCGAAAAAGAUGACAAUGGUUUCUCUACCGAGGCAGAGAGAGGUUGGCCGCUUCUUGCGUGGUGA